AUGAGUUCCUAAGGUUAGACCUAAGAAGAAAGUCCAAUGAAAUAAGUUCCUGAAUAUAAUUUCAUAAGGACUCUGAUAUAAUUCUAAAAACUAAACAUCGGUUGCAAUAAAUACUUUGACAAAUUAAAGUCACUUGGCUUUAAAAAACUAAGACUAACUGAUACUAUUCCUUAUUGCAUAUUACCAUCAUCAUAAAAAUUGAGUAGCACACACUCCUGGAAAUAAUACAAUUAGUAGUUUAGUAGUGAUGAUCCUGAUUUAUAGACAGAUAUAUAGACAUUUUCAGCAGAAAAAUAAAAAAAUGUUGCUGAAAAUUUUACAUUCGAACAAUUUCAAGCUAGUUAAGUGGCAGAUUUGGACUGGAUUGAAAGCUUAAACUAAGAUGACUUUGGAGUGUGUUUAGAUCCUGAGAGAGAAGAAUUAAUCAAUAAAAUUGAGGAAUUCAAGAUUGAACCACUAUCUCUUAUACGGCAUUCUGAUCCAUAUAAGAGAAUGAAAUUACAAGAAGAAUCUUAAUAAGAAAAAUACCUUAAAUUGAUAAAUUAAGAUGUGGUGAAUAAGAAUGGGAGUAAUAAACUCAAUCAAUAAAACUCGUAAAAGCAAUAAACACAGAUUGUAAAAUCCAAUUCCCUUAGUUAGAAUACUUUCAUUAAUGGUAAAAACGAGAGAAAAAGAGAGAUUAAAAUAAAUUAAAAACUAUAAAAAUUAAAGUAGGUUUAAGAAAACAACUUACCAUAGAAAUUGAAAAAAACUAAAGUUGCAAGGGAAGAUAAUAAUGAUUAAGAUAGUCUGGAAGCAGACGACUAUUCUGAUAAUUAGUCGAGCUCUAUUUCUGAAGAUGAUGAUGAACUCAAGGUUUUUAACAAUAAUAGUUCUAGCAUCCUUAAUGCUUUCCCAUUGAAAAGUAUCAAGUCAGAAUUUCCUGUGAUCAAUAGAAAUCUACCUAUGUACCAGAACCGUAAUAGAGCAUCACUUAACUAUAGUUAGCCCUCAAAGCUACUAACUAAUAAUCAAUCCCAGGCUUAGAGCAUUUAGAGGCCAUUAAAUCAAUUUUUGCCUACUCAAUUCAAUAAUCUUCCCGAGAAAAAGAGUGGCUUAUUAUCUAGUGAAUUACCAUGUAGCAUAUAAGGGAAUAGCAGAGGUAUCUUCGAUUUGUUUGGUGGUUAGAACUAAAAUCUCAUUAAUAGAUUAGUUCCAUUUUCAGGCCAUCAAUCUUCCUCAGCCACUCAUUAUCGAUAUCAGAAUAAUAACCAGCAAUUCAGAUAACUUCCACAACCUCCUCCUAACAAUAGUUUCAAUAUAAUGCAGUACAACAAUACUUUUAAAUAAUCUCCUCAAUAAAUGGAUCAUGGAUUUUAGAGGAAUGUCUAGCAAACAGUUUACGAGGAUUCAUUACAACAGUAGAGCGAUAGUGAUUUAGAGAUAGUAGAUCAAUUUUAAUUCGAGAAAAGUGUCCCAAGUAAAGCUGUUUAGCAAAAACCUAUGAUAUAACAGUAAUUUCAAAGUGGCCUUGGCUUUAAUGUUUUUAGCAGUUCACUAAGAGCAUAAUAGGAAAUUAGAAAACACUAACAACAGUUUAAAUAGCCUCAUUAAUGGUAAAAGUAAUAGUAGUUUGGAAGAUCAAGGAUGGUUCCAACUAUUUAGUAACCCUUUAGGAAGUAAAAUUUAAUUCCAGCUAAGAUGGCAGCUAGAACGAAUUUAAGGUUUGAAGAAACAAUAGAAGUUGAUGAUCAUCAGGAAGAAGUAUUGCAGAUAUAGUAGCAGAAGUAACCAAAUCAAAGAUUACGAUUGUGCUGA